GGAGCACAAGGCAUACAGUAGGCCUCUGUUGCCAGAACUGGAAGCAUCCUUCUUGUUGUGAUCUGAGAGUGACAUCCCACAAAUCAGCACGAAGCUGUACAUCAUAGCAGCUGCCUGUCUGGCAGUGGUGAGCUGUGCCAGCAUCUCUCUGGAGGACCUGGAGUUCCACGCUUGGAAACUCAAGUUUGCGCUGUAAUGCAGUAAUCAAUGAUGGAAAAGAGGACGUCACUGUUGGAACUGGCUCCAGUUGGAACUGAAAGUUGUGGUCACGUGGCUGGACGUCAUUUGGAGAAGUUAAUAGAUCCCCAUUUACAUUAAAGUAAAUGACUGUGCAGCUUUUGUCUACUAAAACAUUCUUCAUAAUCAUCUAAGGAGGACACCAUUCUGCGACAGCAUGACGUGGUUGAUCAUAGCAGCUGCCUGUCUGGCAGUGGUGAGCUGUGCCAGCAUCUCUCUGGAGGACCUGGAGUUCCACGCUUGGAAACUCAAGUUUGACAAGGUCUACCAAACUGUUGAGGAGGAGGCGUAUCGUAAAGACAUCUGGCUCUCCAGCCGUCGCCGGGUCCUGGCCCACAACAUCCUGGCUGAUCAGGGCAUUAGCACCUACCGGAUGGGCAUGAACCACCUCUCAGACAAGACUGCGGAAGAAUAUGGCCAUCUCCUGGGUGUCCUGACUCUCCGCAAUGUCAGCAUGUCUCCACAUGAGGACUCCCCUCGGCUGCUGCCUGCAUCUGUAGACUGGAGGAGAACUGGCUGUGUGACUGACGUUAAAAGCCAAGGAGACUGUGGAUCCUGCUGGGCCUUCAGUACUACAGGUGCGCUGGAGUCCCAUACCUGCAUUAAGUAUGGCAAACUCCCCUCUCUGAGUGAACAGCAGCUGGUGGACUGCAGUAGGAAGUAUGGGAAUGAGGGCUGCAAUGGCGGAGAUGAGGGCGACGCUUUCCGCUACGUGAAAGACAAUGGAGGGAUAGACACUGAAGCAUCCUAUCCUUACGAGGGACAGGAUUCAACCUGUCGUUUUAAAUCUUCGAAUAUUGGUGCCUACUGCCGAGGACAUAAAUAUUUGGCCCAUGGGAAUGAGCAUGCAUUGCAGGAGGCCCUGGCGAAUGUGGGUCCAAUGUGCGUUGAUAUCGAUGCCAGUCAUGACUCCUUCUUGCACUACUCAUCUGGUGUGUACAAUGAGCCUGCAUGUAGCAGUUCGAAGGUAGACCAUGCCAUGCUGGCUGUUGGCUAUGGCACUGAAAAGGGCGAGGACUACUGGCUGGUGAAAAACAGUUUUGGUGUUGACUGGGGAGAGAAAGGCUACAUCAAGAUGGCCAGGAACAAGAGGAACCAGUGCUGCAUCGCCUGCUCCCCAGUUUACCCUCUAGUCUAGUAGUCUAGUAGUCUAGUAGUCUAGUCCAACCAGAGGUCAAAGGGCAGGGAGACAACAAUACUCACAGUAAAUUUUGCAGUGUUAAUUCAACACUAUUCUGAACCUACAGUGUAUCUGGUCUGAUUUGAUAGUUAAUUAUGGUUUGGCCCCACCCAAAAAUGUUACUCUUUGGUAAGUCCACUUAAUAUUAUGUGAAUAAAGAGUUGAGAUCACACUGGCCACCAGCAUAAUUUUACACUGACUUUUGACUCUUCACAGUGCCGUUAAUACUCUGUGUGGAUUUAUGCUCAGCUCCUAAGUUUACUCUGAAAUGUUGAAACCCUGUUUUUGCUAAUUUAGCCAUAUUGCUCCAAAGACUGUAGCCUACCAUACAUCUAAAAUCACAGUAUGGCGAUUUGGAUAAGGUCGCCUAUCUGCUGAGUAUUAUAUAGCCUAAUAUUCACUCUCAAAAACACUGCAUCAUAAUCAGACUCAAAGUCAACGUUUCUAAUUUGAUUACUAAUGCUUAGUUUAUUGAUUAUUAAAGUUUUGUAAAUGCAUAGGCUAUCAUGUGGCUUUCCCCACAGUUUUGACAUCUACUGUAGAUCUACUGCAAAAGAUUGAUCAUUACAAUGGCUUUGUUCUUUCUUACAGUAACAUGCAUUGUCAAUAAAUA